AUUCAGAAAUAAAUGCUUGCAUUAAAGGAGCGGUGGUGUUGGAGAGUGAGGAGCUGUGUGGUGGAUGAGAACAAGCGGCUCCUCAGCUGUUGACCAACAACACAAAUUUAGGCGCGAGACGGCGAGUCCUUGCUAGAACAACUUGCCAAAUAUUACUUAUACCUGUACUUCCUUCACUCUCAAGGUAGUAGAGGAAUUAGAUGAAGAAAGUAGUAAAAAAGUGAGAUUAAGUGGUAAAUGCAGAUUCUGUAAACGUAUUCAUGUAAAGAUAGAACCCAAAGUGUUCGGGUUUAGAGGCGGGAUCUAAGAGCCGAAUCGUUAGGCGAUACUUGGAGAGUGUUUGACCUUUGGAAGCAGUCACUCCUAAUGCCUCUCACAGUGUUUAGAUAUGGCACCUUUUACAGUUUGUCCAGUUUUCCUUAUUUGAGGAACAAUGUCUGAAGAAACAGUGUCAAUGACUCCUCCUCUGACCCCUCCUCUGGAGAGGAAGGGGGAAGGGGAACUCUUAUUGGAUAGUGACAGCCUUGACUACAUGGAUUUCUUCAUGAAUGAGCUUGAGCCAUCUCCAGUUAAAGAAGAAAAGGCAUCUUUAACAGUUUCAAAUGAUGGCCCGAUGUUAUUCUCCUGCUUGGGUGAAGUUCGCUGGACAGAUAAUUUCAGUGAAAUGUCCUGCAUUGGUCGACAAGCAUUGACGUCACUCCUGCAGUAUAGAAACCCUUGUCCUACUGCUCUACUCCCUCCACCAGUUAUAUAUAACCUACCCUGCACAGCAGAUAACCUUCACUUCAAUCUUGGUCAUUUUUUUAGGGCUUUUAGGCAAGGUGUAAUAGAACUGGAGAAAGGAGCCCAGUCAGCUUUAUGCAUAAGUCAGAGUUGCCAUGAUGUACAGUAUCCAAAGAUCCGACAGGAUAAUGUGGCCUUCUUAAACUGUCUCGUGUCAUAUGUACAUAGCCUAACAUGCGAGGGAAAUGAAGAGUUUCUGAAAUCUGUAGUUGCAGAAGUAAUGGAAACUUUACUUUACUUGGGUCCAUUACAUGAAUUACAAGAGCAUGUGACAUCUGCUGGUUCACCACAGGGAAAUAAGUGCCCUUCUGCUGCUUACCACUUGCUCCACCUUCAUCUAGAUGUACGGUGGUGGAGUCUUGCUCUGCUGCACCUCGUCGAGUCAACCCUAGGAACUCUUCCACACUGGGACUCCCACUCCACAGACUCCCCCUUCCUUUUGGUAUCUGAGCCUCAAGGGAUCCAAGGAGGAGGUGCUUCAGAAGUUAAUGAGCAGUCGCCCCUGGAACAGUGUAUAUCGUUGGUAGUGUGGGACCUUGUCACCAUCAUGUUUCGGGAAGGGUGCAAGAAGAGUGUGAGCGAGCUGCAUCAAGUGGCAGGGUUCUCGUGUACGUGUUCACAUGAACUCGGACUCAUGACGCUCCACCUCCUGGACUGUAGGCACACGCAGCUGGGCAGACAGAGUUUCUGGGAGAAAAUAAAGUAUAAACUGCUUGGCCUACUUAAAAUCUACAGUGAUUCUUUCUCUCAAGAUGCACGAUCAUCCUCCAGUAACUCAUCACCUUCAGCUUCCUCAAUGUUAUCCUUAGAUCAAAGCUACCAAGUCAUUCAGUAUCCUGCCACCAUCGUUAAGAGGGUGCAGCUUCCUCAUAUAUGGUGGAUCUUCUGUAACUUUUCUAAACUUUAUGGAUUUGAUGUGACCGGGAAGAAAAUAAUGACAAAAUCAAUCGAAAUCAAAAGUGAAACCAAAUUAUUACGAACUCUUGUAAAGAUUUCCCUAAGUGAGCCCAGAAGUGGAUACCAACCAACAGAAGCAGAGCUGCGAUUUUUUGUGCGAUGUUGUUUGAGCCUAAGACAGCUGUGGGGUGGGGAAAGGAGUAGCGAGUGGGCUGUAGCUUUGUGGGAUUACUUCUCCAAACAUCUUGAUUCUUCAUUUCUCCUUCCUGGUGCAGGCUUGGAUGGUCUUGCAUGUGUCAGUAAAACUGCCAGUGGUUGGCUGGAACAAGUCAAAUCUCGAUCAUGUGAUUUAGCAGUAAUAGGGAAGUCCGAAACCUCAUGGCAAAUAUUUCUUAGGAUUGUAGUUGGAGUGGUAGAAACCAGUUCAGCAGAAUGGCGGCAGAUGAGGGGUCGCAUCUACUCUAAGUUCCAUGGGCGCAGAAUGACAGAGCUCUCACCGAUGGGGCUCUAUAACUCCACAACUCUUUUCCUGACCCUUGCCAAUACAACGGAUCUUGUUGAUGUGAGCAACAAACUGGCUGAACUGUUAUCUAUGGUUUCAACAUGUAGUGUGAGUAAGGCACGAGUUGUGUGGCGAGGGUUCAUGGCCACCAUCAUGCUGCUGAUGGGCUCUGGAUGUGACAUAUCUCCAGUGGUUCACAAGUUCAGCCCUAUUAUAGCCGCUGCCUGCCAUGAGUACAUAACAUCAAGGGAUGCCAUCCACAGAAGAGACUUGGGACAGUUGAUCACUAUAUAUGCAGAAGGAGUGCAGGAGGUGUUUGACCAGAGCCAUGAUCUAACAUUGGCACAACAUUCCCUUAUAUGUGGUGGGUUGAGUACUGUCCUCCAGCAUGUCGGCAUUGUUGAAACAAAAGCUAUUCUUAGUGCGAUAAAUGCAGCCCUCAGUAAAGUUCUUGAUAUUUCUUCCCAGACUCCAUACAUGGCAGAAGGAAUUGGUUCUGAAGUUAUUGAAGCAAUUUGGAAAGAAUUUGGAGCAUUCAUCAAAGCUCAUGCUGGCACUCUGACGCCACCAGCAGCUCUUGCUUCAGUUGCCGCUUCACUUACCUUCUGCAUGGGUCAGGAACGUAACAGACCUUCCUCUGGAUUGAGAGAAGCAGCUUUAGGACUCUUUACAUAUUUUAUAACAAAUGAGUCUGUGAACCCAAUAUGCACAUUGCAGUACAUAGCAUCCCUCUUCGAAAGGCCAGGCAGUGUGUCUAUGAUGGGCAGCGUAUGUUCAGCAUAUGAGGGCCUUUUAAUCUCAGGAUGGUUGUCAUCUCUCAUCAUGCUAGGAGACUGUGAAGAAGUAAUAGCAGUUACUCCCAUGAUCAUGAGCUUGCCAAGCAUAGCAGCAGUUCUUUCUCACCAGCCGCCUACUUGUCCUUUUGCAGCUGCCAAGUCUCUGAUACAAGGAGUUUCGAAGAAACAUUCAGAAGCACAAAAUUUCACAACACGCUUAGCAUACAGAGAUGUGGCACUACAGUAUUUUUGUGGUCUUGACAAAGCCUUAGGAAUCCUGCUGAAGAAAGUUCCACUACCGAGUCACCUUGCACAGGUCUUAGAAAUUGUUGCUGCUCUUUUCCUUAAUGCACAUUCUAUUAUUUAUAUCAAGUCCAAGCCCACUUGUCCCAUGCCAAGUCUCAUCAGUACAGUUCUUCUGCCAACUGCUGUGUACUCUUCAGAGAAGCCUCUUAACUCACAUCUGACUGGGGCCCUGGCAAAUACUUUACCAAAGAUGGUGUGUGGGAUGGGAUGCUUGGGCUUGACCCAAGACCCAUACCUUGUGCGUUGUGUGAAGGAUGUUUUCACGCACUACAUUUAUCGCUUCCCAGUUAAGACCAACAUGAACUACACCACCACAACACAUCCUUUUAUUAUUUGUCUUCAUGAUGGUGAAGUGAGAGAGGAAGUUCUACAAGAACUGCGGUCAAUAUUUUUGGAGGUUUUACGUGACGGUUAUCUGGGCAAGCGAGGUGUCGACAGUGUCCAUCUUAACAUAGUAAUUUCUUUGCUACUGGAGCUAUUGAAAAGAAGUGCAUGUGAAUGGCUUGAGGGAGUAUGUUCCUUGCUGUUUCUGCCCCUCCUGGAGUUGCUGCUGACACUGGAGGAACAAACAACAAAAAGAGUGGCAACUGACCUCCUCCAGAAGCUGCUGCAGGAAGUCCAGAUUCAGAAUACACCACCUAGGAGUGAACUUGUGAGAUCCUUGAGACAACUAGUAGCGCAGCAUGUGUCCUGGUCAUCAGCAAGAUUGUUUCGAGUGUUAGGUGUUGUGGGUGUAUUACACAGGACACUCUUGGUCGAUUGUCUCCCACAUAUUGCUCAAGCUGUUACAGCUACAGAGGAAAAGAGAGGCACGGGACUGGAUCACACAUUACGACAAGGGUACCAGACACUCCUGGCCAGCUUAGGUGUGAAUGAAGGAGAUAUACAAUCUUCCUAAUACUGUACUUUAGUAACUCAUAAUCUACAUCCCCCAUCCUUCCAUGAAUCAACAUUUACAGGACUGUGAUAAAACACUAAUGUAUAUUUUUUAAAUAAAAACUAUCUUUGAA